UGGAGAAGAUCAAACGCGACGCACAGCCACAGCAGCUUAUCGGGCGCUAUAUCAAUCGCCGAUCAGCUGACUAUGUUGAUACAUUGGAGGCGGUUAGCACGUGAGCGCAGUAAAACUGGUCGGAACAACAGUUAGAAGCAGCAACGACAAGAAAGAAUGCUUCUCCAGUGUCUCAUUCUUUGUAUAUGCCUGCCGGCUGCCUUUUCAACUGCAGCUAAACGAAAGCUAGAUGCCCAAGUUGAUCCAUACUGCGAUGGGAAUCCUUCAGAUUGUGGUUUGUGCUACGUUCGUGCCGUGGGAACUAAUGACACACUGCACCACUUCUGGAGCACAAGGGGUGCUCCCACUCUCUUCACAGUCAUCACAGGUCCCGAGGGACUACUUUCGGGAAUAAACUGGGACCAGAUCCGAAAACGGGAGUUCAAGUCAUCUGCAUUCCAUUUCACCGAGACAAGUAGACUAGCCUAUGCCCUCGUCUUAUCAAAGAUAUGGGAGUCAUCCAAGGAUGCAAAUGUCAGUGCCUUGGACCUCACAAAGUUAGUUUGGGGAAAUGUGACAGGAUGUAGUGGAAAUGGAAGCCUGGUGUCUGCUGGAUUCACUGCUAGCCGUACGAGCAUGGAAUACGACCACUUGUACUUCUCUCAAAAUGGGAGCAUACAUCUGACGAUGGUGGCCAGUGAAAAAUGGAACCACGAAGAGCGUCCACCAGGACUUGCAAGGGACGGAAACAGUUGUGAGGUGCAACUACAGCUCGUGAAGCUCGAUCCACGCCUUACCAAUGACUCUCACUGGAACGUCGAGGUCACGUUCGUUGGUAGCUGGGAAAAAACUCAUCCGCCACAGUUCGUCGUUGAGUCUACGCUCGAUGACCAGCAUGCUCCUGGCACCUUUGAGCGCGACACCUUAAAGUCAGAGGAACAGUACACCAUGUGGCGCCCAGUUUUCUACAGCGACAGAGACCACAAGAUGACCCUCUCGGGAAUCGCCAAAAGAGGAGACGUCGUGCUUUCGAGUGACGCCUGGCGUCUGUCCGACACCUUCUACGCCUGGGUUGCAAAUUCCAAAGCUCCCGAAGCGGCGUCUCUACCCAUGUAUCUGGGUUCCACAAAAACGUCCUACACUAGUUGGAGUACUACUGUUGGAAUUGGGGCCGUACCAAGCGAAGGACCGCCUUCAGUUGCUCUGCUCGCGGCACUGUGUGUAGCAGCGAUUUUCCUCAUCCUGGCUGUGGUCACGCUGUUGUGUAUGCUACUUCCAAAGAAGGCCGGGCCAAGGGAUGAUGAGGCACUUCUGGUUGCAUAAGUGGUUGUGCACUGUUAAGGGAGAAGGCUCCCUCAGUCGCAAUAAAUGAGAAUGUCCCUCAGGAAAUCUACGCAGUUUUCAAGGCAGUGUUGUACCAACCACCAUCCUGGUGUAUUGCACUAGACAUCAGAUUUUUUUUUCAAGUGAAAACUGUCUCCCCUGUACAAUACCUACAUAAAGUUAUUGCUACUGCCUCA